GUUUUGAAUGCCAUUGGUACAAUCUAUGAGCAUCAUGGCGCUGAGGGCAGUUGGAAAAUGCUGUCGGUCCUUACUAAAUCAGUAUUCUAAAGGAAUCUUAUUAAAUGUUUCCCAACCAGGAUGGAUCGAAAGCAGCAGAGGAGCAAAAAGGCAUCUUUUGUCAGAAGAUGUUAUCAGGAUGAAAGACUUUCGGGAAAAGAAGCUAGCUCUAUCUUUCCUUGGCAGGGGACCAAAAGAACAACAUGUCAAGAAAUUAAUCGAGAAGCUGCAAAAACAUGAGUUGAUCCUACAACAGGAGCUGAAGUCUUUUCUUUAUCUAUGCGAUUCUGUUGAAGACAUGGUGAUAGCCAGAGAUGCAAUAUAUCGGUAUCAUACCGAGAAUAGUAACGUGGCUUUUGGGAGUUUUAGGUUUGGUCCCCUCUUUUUGAGACUGUGCUAUGAGCUGGGUUUGGAUGACAUGGCUGCUGAAACAAUUACUGAUAAGAAAAUGGAAGGAUUUUUCAAUGAUCGGACAUCUUACCACAUUACCACAGACAUGUUGUUUUCCAGAGGUUCUUAUGAAAGUGCACUUGGCGUAAUAAAAACCAUGAGGGACCGGAGGGUUGGAUUCACCGGAGACACAUAUACAUUAGCAAGUGGUACCUGCUACAAACUGAACACAGACGAGUCCUUCAGAAUAUGCACUUCUCUACUGGAGGAAGCAAAGAACAAAGGAAUCUUCAUCACCAGAGUGGCUUACUGCUUUGCAGUCAUGUUAGCACUUCGGCAGAAUGAAACCAAACAAGCACAAGCGCUGUAUUCACAAAUUAGGAUGACAGACAACUCUUUAUGUCAAAAUGUAAAGGUUGCACUACUAGCUAUGUCCGGAGCAGUGACAGAGGCAAUGUCCAUCCUGUCUGCUGCCUUGUCAUUCGAAGACUAUUCGUUUUUAAAGAAGCCUGAAUUUUCACGUGAAGUGUUGGAUUUGCUGUCCACCUGCAGUUACAGAGGACCCCACAUGGUGGAAGUGCAGGAGUUAGUGCAUCAUCUCCAACAGGCAGGUCUGGUUACUCAGCAGACCCUCGAGGACAUGCUGUGCCAAACACCGUCAACAAAAAGAAAUCUAGACCAGAUCAUUCAAGACAGAAGACUGAGCAGAAGGACUAUGAGGCCACUCAACUCUAUGUUGUUGUCAGAAUGAGCAAACCAUAUUUUGUUGUUGAAGGCGGUCACAUACUGAAAACAGGACUAUAUUGUCUGCCAUUCACAUGUCACACAUCUACGUCGCUGCAGUCUUUGUUU